AUGCUUGGCUGGGGGGUGGUGACAGCCUGCACACUCCUUGUGCAUAGCUACGCGUCGCUCAUGGUCACCCGAGCUCUUGUUGGUGCAUGCGAGGCUUUCAUUCAAGGCGCCGUUUUCUACCUGUCGUUCUGGUAUACUUACAAAGAACUCGCUACCCGGGGGGCGAUAUUCUGGUCCACAUCCGCCCUGGCUGGGGCGUUCAAUGGCCUGAUCGCUUAUGCAGUACAGAAAAACCUUGCAAACGUCAACGGCUGGCAUCCAUGGCGGUGGUUGUUCCUUAUCGAAGGCGUCGUACCGAUCGGCUGGGCGUUUGUUGUCUGGAUAUUCCUGCCUGCCACACCAGAGAAGACAAAAUUGUAUUUCAACGAGGAAGAAAAGGCUAUCAUCAUCAAAAGGAGUCGCCAGGCCUUCAACACGGGUGAAUCCAAGAUCAUGCCGAAGUUGAUCCUGCGGGUCAUUCUCGAUCCGAAAUUCUGGUUGAUGGCGGUGGUCCAGUCCGCGAACCUGUUUUGCUUGACGUCCUUGUCGAACUUUCUGCCCGCUAUCCUGCGUUCAUUUGGGUGGUCGAUCGUCAAGUCACAGCUUAUGACCGUGAUCGUCUAUGCCUGCGCAUUUGUCAAUAUUCUCUUGUCAGCCCGGAUAUCCGACAAGCUGCAGACGCGCGGACCGAUCAUCAUGGUGAACACCAUGAUCGGCGCUGUCGGGUAUAUUCUCCUUCUGACUCUCAAGGGGGCCCCCGGUCGUUUUGCCGGCGCUUGUAUUGUCGCAAUGGGUAUGUAUCCCAACGUCGUGAUCGUGUUGACGUGGACGGCGACGAUUAAUGUCGGUUACACGUAUCGUGCUAGCGCAGCAGCCCUGAUCAACUCGAUCGGCCAAGCCGUUGCGAUUGGGUCGAACGAGGUCUACAACGACCCGCCAUACUAUAAGAAAGGCCAUGGUGCAGCACUGGGAAUGGCUGCUGCAGGGACCGUGUUUUGUGGGCUGUUGCUGCUGCUCUUGCGGUACGAGAAUGCUCAGAAGCGAAAGGAGCAGUCCAGCGAAAAGGCGGCGGAGAUGAGAAAUGUCUCGAUCGACGAGAUUGGGAACAAGCACCCGGAUUAUUUCUUCACAUAUUAA